AUGAGCGACAGCAACGAUGCCGAGCCCGCGGUUCUCGUGCCGAGCCCGCGCGGGUCCCCGCUGAAGCUCGAAGUCACGCGCCUGAAAGGCGAGCUGAAGGAAGCGACGGAGAAAGCGGAGAGCUACCGCGUGAAGCUCCAAGGCGCGGUGAAGAAGGGGAAGGCCAUCCAGGCGGAGCGCGAACAGCUCAAGAAGCAGCUCGAGGGGUCCCAGAAAACCGAUGGCGACGCCGCAAACGCCGCCGCCGCGGAGAAGGCGACGUCCGACGCGGAAGCGGAACUGACGUCCCUGCGCGAGCGCGUCGCCGCCGCGGAGAAGGCGACGUCCGACGCGACCGCGAGAGCGAAAGCCGCGGAGACGAAACUCGCGGUGACGACGUCGAUGCGCGAAGCCGCAGCGACGGCGGCGGCGGCGAAGGAUGACGCCGCGUCCGACGCCGCCGAACGCGCCGCCGCCGCCGAGUCCGCGCUCGCGGCGCUCCGCGACGAGCUCGCGGCGGAGAAGCGAGCGACCGUCGCGCUCGAGGAGUCCGCGCGCGCGGCCGCGAGGGAGGCGGACGAGGCUGUCGCGCGCGCGGAGCGGCUCGACGCCGAGCUCGCCGACGCGCGAAUGCGACUGGAACGCUCGCGACGACGCGAAGUCGAGGCGUCCGUCGGCGGCGCGACCGCCGCCGACGCGGAGCGACGCGCGGAGGAGGCGGAGGCGGAGGCGGAGCAGCUCAGAGAAGAGAUCGCGAUCGCGAGGGACGCUGCGAGCGCCGCGGAGGAGGAGCUGCGACGGCUCGGCGGGUUGAGCGAGACGGAACGCGUCGCGGCGGAGGCGUCGCGGCGCGCGGCGGAGAGCGAAAAAGAACGCGCGGCGGCGGCGCGCGUCGCCGCGGAGGCGUCGGUCGCGGACGCGGACGCGCGGACGGCCGCCGCGGAGGAGCGCGCGGCCGCCGCGGACGCGGAGAGCGAGCGGCUGCUUCAGGAGUCGGACGAGCGGAACCGCCGGUUCGCGCGUCUGCAGGCGUCGUUCGUCGCGAAGGAGGCGGCGCUGAAUGAAAAAAUCGACGAGCAGUCGCGCGCGCUGAGGCGCGUUCUGGUUACACUGGUUCCCAUACGACCGCGUCGGCGUGGUGAACGCCGAUCCUUAAGGACUUUAUCUCCCGUCGUUUCGCUCCGCCCACCCCCCGCUUUCAAUCCCCGCCCUCGACGCCUUUCAACUCCACCUGACGCCUUUCAACUCCACCCCGACGUUCGCCUGUAUGGAACGACCCUCAGCGCCGGCAACGACGGCGCGCGCGCGAAGCUUCGCGCGAUGGAGGACGAGGUCGCGGACCUGAGGGACGCGCUCGCGGCGAGCAAGAGGGAGGCGACCGCGGCGAUCGCGCGAUCAGCCGCCGCGGAGGCGGCCGCCGCGGAGACCGCGGGCGGGGAAGCGAAGACGGCGGCGGCGCUGAGAGAACGCCUCGCCGCCGCGGAGGCGGAGGCGGUCGGCCUGCGCGCUGAGGUGAACGACGCGAAUGCGCGCGCGGGGGGCGGGGACGAUCGGUCCGCUCGCGCUCGCGUCGCGCAGCUCGAGAACGCGCUGAAGGACGCGAGGCAGGAGACGAACGAGGCGCGGCGGGAGGCGGAGGACGCGCGCCGACGCGCCGCCGCCGCCGCCGCCGCCGCCGGCGAGGUCCAGCCGGCGACGAGUUCGAGCUCCGGCGGCGGCGCGAGGGAGCUCGCCGCGUCGGAGGCGACCGCGCAGCGCCUCCGCGCGACCGUGGAGGCGCUCGAGAGAGAUAACAAGAGCCUUCAGUGGCAGGUCGCGAUGACGCAGAGCGGCGGCGGCGGCGCGACCGGCGGCGUCGCCACCGCGGCGGGGAAGGGCGUCGCGAAAGGCGCGCGACCGGGCGGGCUUCUCGCGACGUCGACGACGGACGGACCGGGGGCGUUGCCCGCGCUGAAGCGUCACAAGAGGGAGAUUUUCAUCGCGUACCUCGUGCUCUUGCACGUGUACACGCUGUCGCUCGUGACGCGCGCGUGUUGA